GUGUCCCGAAUCCGGAUGGCGCUUCGUUUAACCUGAGGGACUAAAGAGAGGAGCCUUAAACUUAACAUUAAUGCACUUUUAUCAUCUCCCUGUUUUAAAACCACUACCAACUGCUGCGUGUAGGUGCUGAACGAUGUUAGAUGGUUCUCUUGAAUCAAACACUGUUAGUACAUGAUGAGAGGAGAACUCGUUUUCAGGAUUUACUGGGUUCUUUCAGCUGUCCGUUAUAUUCAAGGUUCCAGGCUGCACCCGGAUGAAGAGGUCCCCCAGAUAGUGCACCACCCUUCAGAUGUGGUGGUGCGGGUGGGUAGCCCCGCCACGCUGUCAUGCCGGGCAGAGGGCAACCCCGAACCCUCAAUCCAGUGGCUCCGCAACGGCGUCCCCCUAGAGCCAGAGAAGAUGGAAGGGCAAUCACGCCCCAUUGUCCUGCCUGAGGGCAGCCUCUUCUUCCUCAGCGUGGUCCCUGGGAGAAAGAGCCAGUCACAUGAAGCAGUGUAUGCCUGCGUUGCCCGAAACAGUGCUGGUACCGCAACCAGCAGGAAUGCCUCUCUGCAUAUAGCAGCUUUGCGUGAUGAGUUUCGUGUGCAGCCCAGUGAUGUGGAAGUAGCUGUGGGUGAGGUGGCAGUGAUGAACUGCAGCCCACCUGUAGGACAUCCUGAACCCAACGUCUUCUGGAAGAAAGAUGGCAUCCUAAUCAACACCACAGACGAGCAUUACACUGAGCUCAAUGGGAAGUUGAUAAUAGCUCCAGCUCGGAAGCAGGACUCCGGAGUGUAUGUGUGUGUGGCUUCAAACAUCAUUGGAGUCAGAGAAAGUAAUGCAGCCAUGCUGUCAGUCAUGGAGAAGCCGGUGAUGCUGUUUGAGCCGCAGGAUGUUUCUGUGCGGCUGGGCGAGUCAGCUCGGUUUUACUGCGAGGCUCAGGGAGACCCUACGCCUGAGGUGAAGUGGAGCAGAGAGCAGGGGGCACUACCCAACGGCAGGUAUUUGGUUAACCCAGACCAGAGUCUUCAGAUCCACUAUGUGACGUUGCAGGACGCGGGCAGGUACACCUGUACUGCGGUCAAUGAUGUAGGAGUGGCUACAGCCAGCGCUCAGCUGUUUGUUGAAGAUGCAGGCAGCAGCAGCCAGAGGGAGCUGCAUAAAGAGCUUUCUGCUCUGCGGGUCAGUCUGGAGAACGUCACAGUUCUGAGAACUCCAUCUAACGUUUCACAGGUCAUGUGGAAGCUUCAGUCAUCACCCUCUCCAACGCAUUACCUGGAGGGCUUUGAGGUGCUGUACCGCUCCUUGCUGCCCGCCAGUUCAGACUGGGCUGCUCAGAGAGUGCCCCAGCCUGCACUCCAGACACAUGUGGGACCUCUAAAGAGGGGCUACAAGUACGAGUUUAAAGUCCGCCCGUACGGGAGUGAUCUAUAUGGCAGAGAGAGCAACACCAGACACCUGAGAGUGCCAGAGACAGUUCCCAGUGCUCCUCCUCAGGAAGUGUCCAUAAUGGUGCCCACGGACCGUAACGACACAGCCCAUCUGAGCUGGCUGCCCCCGCCUCAUGACGCUCACAAUGGGAUCAUUCAGGGAUACCAGGUGUGGUGUGUACAGGAAGAGGAUCAGCAGUAUCUGAACUGGACAGUUGACAGUGGCACACACAGUCUGGAGAUCAGCCCACUGCAGCCUGACAAGCAUUAUUGGCUCCGAGUGGCAGCGGUCAAUGGGGCCGGUAUUGGAGCGCAGAGCAAUCCAUACAAACUGCUCAUAGAGUCGAGGCAGCCAUCAACGUCAUAUCACAAAGAUGCACUGAAUCUGUCUGAUGUGUUGGCAAUAAUGAGGGAGCCCAUAUUUAUUGGCAGUGUUGGCGCCCUCUUGUGGUGUGCACUAAUGGCUACAGCUGUUUGUCUGUAUAGAAAACACAUCAGACCUGCCAAUCUGGGAGGAGGACAUCACAACAGAGCAGGUUUAUACCGACUGGCUAGUGAGGAUUUGAUAAUCAAGCACAGGAUGGCAGCUCCAGAUUCUCCGUGGAUCUCUGGAGGCUGGAAGCCGGACACCAGCAGUGAUCAGUACCAGAGCCUGUGGGCUCAGAGCAACCAGGAGAAUCAAGGCUUGAAGAGAACCACUCUACCCAUAACAGCCAAAAAUGACUCAAGCCCUCUGGAGGCAGCUGUCCCUAUAGUACCCGACAACUGUGGCGUCUACGGCACCUUCUACGUGGAUCUGACCAGUAACAAUCUGAAAACGUUUAACAGUCCAGCCCAGCGGCCCAAAAUGCCCCACAGCAACACAGAGCAGCAUCAGAACACAGAGACCAUACGCAUCAGUCAGCCUGUCGCCAAGGCACCUGUAGCCAGGGAGGGGCAAGUGAUGCCAUGGAAACGGGCCCUCCCUGCCCAGCCCAAUAUGGGCAUUCGAAAAGAAUCCUGGGAGAAAAACUGCAAACGAGAGCUACAUGCAGUGAACAGUGCUCCAUUAGUGCAUCAGCAGGCCCUGAUGGUGCGCAAUGCCCCUUUUAGUCAUAAACACAGACUCAGCCAGCAUCCAGGUGGUACCUCAGAGAAUGUGAAGCCAUUCGGUUCUCCCAGGAUUCUGCACUAUUCAGCCUCGCUGCACUUGGUGGAUAUGCUGCCCAGCCCUCCUCCGCUGCCCAUGGAGGACAGCCAGAGUGUCAGCUCAGAGGAAGGGUCCAGCCGAUCCACUAAGCUGACGGUGGACGCAGGUUCUCUGCAGUCUGUGUGUGCUGCGUCCACUCUGCAGGGGCCUGCUACCGUUGCAACCGGCUGCCCCUCUCAGAGAAGCGCUUCUUACAGCCACCUCUCCACCGCCUCCUUCUGCCUGUCCACUGAUGACUGCCAUGACUCCACGCUCAGCACUCAGGCCCACGAGUACCUGGAGCUCAGCCCUAAACCACACAGGCGCAGCUCCCUGUCUGAGAAGCCCCCCUCUUUGCCCCGUCCAUUCUCCCCCACACCCACGUUUGGCUACAUCUGCGGACCCUCUGAGCGGGAGAUGGUGGAUGUGGAUGAUGAGUCUCCGUCAGUGGGACUCAGGAGCGCAGCCCUGAGGAGCACGCCCUCCUCCUGCUACAGCGAAUGGGAGGGCUCUCUGUGGAACGGGUGGGGCUCCGUCUCUGAGGGAAACAUGCAGAGUGCACGGACCAGCAUCAUCAGCUCUUCAGACGGCUCGUUCAUGAACGAUGCGAACUUCGCUAGAGUCCUGGCCAUGACAGCAGAGUCUAUGAAUGGAACUUUAUCAGAUUUCUCCCCGCCGGGCUCUCCUCUGAGCAUGCUGUUCCCCCCGCGGGAUUGUUUUGGGGAGGUGGACCCCCUGCCCGUGUGGGACUGGAGCACAACCUGGGUGGAGGAGAUGGAGGCCCAGUUCAGAGCAUCCAGAGGAGCCGCUGGAUCAUCCAGACAGGAGCACUGGGGAGAUUUCUCACACAGCAAGCUGGGCCUCCACAAGACUAACUCACAGCGAUGAUCACAUUCCUCACAAAAAUGUGUCUGAGUCAGACACUGGACUACAUUUCUCACAGUUCCCUCAGCCUCAGAACACUGUUAAUAUUGGGACUACGUUUCCCAAAGUCCCUUAGGGCAGCUUCUGUUUCUGACCUGAUGGUGCAUUCGGAUGGUCCUCAACAAGCUGGUAAAUUGUCACAUCACCAAAUCAUAACUACCAGUUCGUUCUGGUGGUCAUCAGCAGCUGGUAAAUUUAUCACACACACAAACAGUGCUGUCAGACGAUAAAAUACUUAAUUGCAGUGAACCUAAUUAGUUUGUGUAGUUAAUGUUAAUUCAUGAUUUGUCUUAUUUUCUCAAGUUUGGCCCCAAAGAAAGUUUUUUUCCAAUUUUAAAAGCAGUGCAUUUUAUUACAACUAUAGUUGGAGUGGAUAAAAUCACAUCAGAAUGUGUUUAUGACUUUCAGUAAGUCAAUAACAUUGUUAUUACAAUGAUAAUUAAUAACAUUGUCAUCGUGUGAGCGCAGGGUUCACCAGAACCUGAACAUGAAAAUCAUGUUAUUUAGUAUAGCAUAUAUACAGUCAAUGGUUCCAACUCCUUCAUGAUUGUAGCUUCUCACUUAUGUUUAAACAGCUCUUGGAUUCUGUUAUACCUCUGGUGGGGAACUGCAGCUUUAUAUUUUGCUAUUGCUUUUGGCAGUUUACUAUUCAUUGAUUCACCCAUGGGUCUCCCAUUAACACAUCCAGUAUCGUCUGCUGAAGAUAUUUAACAGCUGUAUGUGAACAGGAGGGCUACAAUUGUGGUUUCCAGCAGAAUAACAUGCAGUGUGUGAACAGUUUGGCUUCUGCUUG